AUGGUAAAUCAAAAGGAAACUGACAAUUUUUUGGUCAAUAAAAAAAAACGAAAUUUAUCUUCAAAAUCGAAUACAUGCUAUUCAAAAUGGUGGAAUCAAGGUUUAUGUUAUCAAAAAGCUAUUACUGAUAUUAUAGAAUCACGCAUAUUUCGUUUUAUCGUUAUUUUCUUAGUUAUUGCUGACACAGGGUUUGUAAUCAUAGAAUUAUUAUUAGAUACAUUUAAAAUUCAUUAUGAAUGUAAAACUGAUGUUCAUCAUAAAUCAGAACAUGAAAUGGGAAUCAAAAUAGAACAUAUUGAAUUGGGUAUGGAAAUUGCACAUUAUUCAUCAAUAGCGAUUUUAACAUUUUUUGUUAUUGAAUUAAUUGUUAAAAUUUAUGGAGCAGGAAAAGAAUUUUGGAAUAUUCAUAGAAAUAAAAUGGAAUAUUUUGAUGCAUUUAUUGUUAUUACAUCACUAACUAUUGAUUUAGCAUUUUUACAAGGUGAAAAAAAACUUCUUGGUGAAAAAUUACUUCUAAUAUUUACAUUUCGUUUAUGGCGUUUUGUACGAAUUAUUAGUAGUGUCGCUGAAGGUAUUCGUAGUGGAGAAAGAAAACAUAAAAAUCGUUUGAAUCAAAAGUAUAUUAUUGCAGUGCAUCGACUAAUUGAGCUACUAAAAUUUAAAACAACUUAUCUUGAAAAUAAUAAUGAGGAUAUGAACUCUGUACUUGAACGUUUUCGUCUGAUUGAUAGUAAAUGUGAUUCAAAAUGGGAAGCAUUUCAUGAAAAUGAGGAAUUAACUUCAUCACUAACGGUCGAGCAGUUUAUUGACGAUUUACAUGGAAUUGAAAAUAAUAACGCUGAAGACAUUAUUCGAGAAAUGCUCGUAAAAUCACCGCUUAUAAGCACAUUAAAGGAAAUCUAA